AAAACACACCUAGAGCAGAGAGAAGUUUAGUUUCGGUUUGGUGGGAGACAUCUUAGCUCAUAGAGCUAAAAAUCCAGGGAAGGAUUUUUCAUCAUUUGAAGAGUUUAGCUCGAGGUGAAGCAGUGAAGAUGAAGUCGGCGAUCGUCACGCUGGCACUUUGUCUGCUGGCGGCCACCGCCGUUCAAUCAUCGUCCGGGAAAUAUAAGGUCAACGUGUACAGCCACGACCUUGGUUUUUUCGGGAAGCCGAACACGCUGAUCUGUCACGUGAGUCGUAUAGCUCCACCUCCUGAGAUUGAGAUCAACCUGUUGAAGAAUGGUGAAGUGAUAAAGGGGGCGAAUCAGACAGACCUGGCGUUUGAUGUAGACUGGUACUACUACCUGACCAAACACAUCAGGUUCACGCCACAGGCUGGAGAUCGCUACUCGUGUCAGAUUAAGCACGGUGGCAAAGUCCACUCCUACCAGUGGGAACCUGAUCAGUGAGUCUGUCACUGCAAGCGUCCUAAGGAGCAGAAGAAGGGCAGAAGAAUGUAAGACCAGAGCCAGCUCUCACCAUCUGAUCUUGGACAGAACUGAUAAUCAUGUUUUAUGUUUUUUUGUUUGUUUGAGACAAACAUCUCCAUGAAGUCUUCAACAUAAAAAUGCUCCAAACAUUAAAUCCUGAUCCAAUGAGAGUCAGAGGUGACAUGUGGUGUUGAGUCGUAGGCAUGGCUUAACUGCUAAAAGCGGUCCUGGAGAACGUUGUCCUUAAACCUCUGAUUUUAAAGAACCAAUCAGAUCACAAAGAGACCCACAAAAAAGUCAGCCAUGUUGAUUUGAGUCCCACUGGAUUAACCUUUGUGUUAGCGGGCCACAUUUAGUCAGACCCAGUAAAGUGAUGACAUCAUUGAUGAUGUCAUCAAAUGUUUUAUCAGUGAGCUUCAGGUAAACUCAGUUAAUUUUCUUAUUAAACAUGAAAUCAAAAAUCAUCAUUAUAACCUGAGCUCGUUAAAGUCAAACAUUUGUAGCUAAAUGAAAUAAAUUUAAACCUUAAAUAAAUACAAGGCAAAGCUUGGGCCAAACUCCCUUCGUUUUCAUGUGUUCACCUCUCCACCCUUGUUGGUAGUUUUCAGCUUCAUUCCCCUGCUUUAGUCCCUGAAUCCUCCAGCUCUGAGCCAGUGCUGGUUUUUGCUUCACAGAUGUUUAUAAUUUUUAAAAAUGUCAUUGGAUGGUUUUACACCUUUUUUUUUAAAAUAUAAACCUGAUUGUCUCAUUAA